CUGACCUCAGUGUUAGUAUAUGAAAUUGUCUUAACACAGGAAUAUGACAGAGCUGAUUAAUCUAACAGGAGAAAGAGUGAUGAACAAAAAGCAGGCUGAGCAAAAGAACUCAUCAUCCUGAAAAGAGAGGGGAGGUGGAAACCCAGGCAAACAGAAGAAUAUAGUGAAAUCCUUAAAAUUCUGAAAGAUUCCCCAAAAAUGAGCCUCAGAAAUGAUACUAGUGAAAGAAGCAUUCAUAUUGCUGAAGCAAUCAUUUAUGUACCAGUGUUCUUUAUUGGAGUUAUCCUAAAUGUGUUUGCUUUAAGGAUAUUCUGUUGCAAACUGGUCAAAUGGACUGAAACCAGAGUAUAUAUGACCAAUUUAGCCAUAACAGACUGUCUAUUUCUCUUCACUUUGCCUUUCAGACUACUUUCUAACUUUCUAUAUAAGAGUAUAUAUAAUAUAUACCUGAAUAAAUUAUGCAUGGUUUUGGAGACUGCAUAUUUUAUCAGUCGAUACAUGAGUGUCUUCCUUAUUACCAUAAUCGCACUUGAUAGAUACAUCGCCAUAAGAUAUCCUCUUCAAGCAAAGACUAUCAGGUCUCCUUUAAAGUCAGCCCUUGUCUGUGGACUUUUUUGGAUCAUAAUUAUAACUAUUGCACUUGCAUCCAUAUAUGUGAAUAAUGAAAAGGGCAAAAUUUGCUUUCAAACAAUUCAAAGACCCCCAUCAGAGACUUCUUUUGCCGUGGUAAUAUGGGGAUUUUUUAUACCUUUAAUUAUCUUGAGUUUCUGUUCGGUUCAAAUAAUUAAAAAACUCACAAGGAAGAAAAAGACCCAUCUUCAUGAAAAAAAUGUCAUUCAGAAAGCAAUCAACAUAAUUCUGGCAAAUAUAACCACAUUCAUCAUCUGCUUUUUACCGCUCCAUGUUGUCUAUUUCGUUAAAUACAUAAAUUUCAAAAAUGCUACUGAUGCUAAUCUUAAACAUGAUCUGUCUCUAAAGGUUGCUAUUAUUCUUGCUAAUACCAACUGCUGCUUGGAUGCAUUUUGUUAUUACUUUGUAAGCCAGGAAUUUAAGGAGGCUUCCGUAGUACGAAAGACACAGAAUCAAGCACCUGAAAAUCAACUUACUGAAAUUAUUUAGGAAGGCCAUGACUCAACCAACAAUUCUGAUACCUUCAGACCUGUCUGGCAUCAUCUUCCUCCUAAAAGUUUGGAUUGGAAUUCUCUUUGCAGUCUUGAUAAAGUACAGCUUAGCCUUCUCUAUUAAUAUAUUCAUAUGAAGACAACAUGUUCCCAUGUGUAUUGGAGUAUACAUUAUAAGUUUCAGGGAAAUCAAUUUGAAAUGCAGGUUACUUUCUGGAAAUGUUGCUGUUUCAUUCUUCAGUAAUUAAUGUCUCUUAUUGUUUGAUUUGUUGCUUUUUGAUGCAUCACAUACACCAAAUGUAUAUAGCA